UCUAUUCUCGCGCACAAUCGGAAGGAAACAUAGCUCGCUCCGCUUUCGAAAAAAAAUUUAAUAUGUCUAUAUACGGAUGCUCAGGCCUAUGCACGUCAGAAAGGAUAUACACUUGCGAUGCAUAGUGAAAGCUGGCUGCUCGGCAUAGGAGUGGAAGGAGGCAGUGUGCGCGGAAUGGGGGAGGGGUUGUCAAAAAAGACUUGAUGCUUUGUGUACAAAACUUGCAGGACUACUUAAGUCUGGGAUGUGGGGGGCGAGCGGAUGCUGGAUUCGUCAUGCUCAUCGUCCUUCCCCUCUGCCCCUCCCCUGCGCUCCCACCGGAAUAAGCAGCGUGUCCCAUACCUACUAUUUUUGAAAUAUACCCCCUCAGGCGUAGCCUUCUUUGCCUUUCUUCUUCAACAUGGAUCCCAUGAGAGUAUACAAUGGGCAGCUGUUACAGAUGAAGCCGGACCUUCAAAAGACCAUCGCUGCGCUCAGCUCUCGCGUUGCCGAACAAACUUUCAUCUCCAGCUACCCGUCCCUUGGCGACUCGUUCCCAAACGACACCUUCCGCGCGAUCAUUCUGGAGUGCACUGUUUUGCCCAAAUGCGUCGGCACAGGCUGCAAUGCUCUUCACCAGCGCCUAUGGUCAUCCAACAUACUCGCCCUUUCAACGAGUUUCCGAGUGGUCAUGUACGACAAGAGCCAUCUUCCGUUGGACCUGCGAGAAGUUAUUGUCAGCAAUAUCAUGGCGACGCUGACCGAGCCACUGUUGAACGUCUGCACCAUAAAGUUCCUUGGUGCUGGAGCGUUCACGGGAGGCCAGACCCAAGCGGCCAAGGUCCGGCGUCGGGAUGCGGUUGCUGCAGCAAAGAUGAUGAAGUGCCUGUUUCCAAAUGUCACUAGUCUCAAGUACCAUCUGAGCCCGGCGUGGGGUAAAUCAGUCGGCUUCAUCAAGCCCCCAAACAGGCACUGUCCGCUUUACGAGGAAACCUAUAUGGCAUAUGCAGACCAGCUUGAGCACACCCAGCUGCACAACCCGAUUCCGGCGAGAAUAUCCAUGUUCUGCGACAACCUCACGUCUGUGUCCAUCAACGUCGACUGCGCAUUCCUGGAUCUUCUUCAUAUAGACGAUGUUAUCCCGUGGCGCCUGUUCCAGGUCAUCGACGACAGGAUUUCCUUUGACAGCCUCGAGGAGCUCAGCCUGCAAUUUAUCACAAAAACCAGCAGGAACCCGGUGUUCCCAGGCUGCAGGAUCUCCAUCUCUUUCCCCAAGCUCAAGAGGCAUGACAUUUUCCACUUCUUUGCGUGCAAACAGACCUACAACAGGUACGCCCUUCAGACCGUCCAGGAGCUGAGAGUGUAUAAGGUGGAGGAUGUCGAGCAUCCUGAUGCCAUGGUUGGCUGGUUCCGGUACCCACUGCCUCUGAAAGUCAGCUGGGUAUUCCUGCGCAGGCUCGUCUUUUCGGCCAGUAUCGCGGACAAGCAAGGUCUGGCACAUCUGAUUAAGCAGCUGCCGGCUCUGAGAUCGCUGGACGUCAACUGCUAUUCGAUGUUCCAGGAGGACGCAUCCCUUACGCCGUUCCCCGACCAGAAGGACACGUUUAAAAAGCGUGGCCAAGUCCUGGUUGACUCGAGCGCUGCGGCGAUCAGCAAGACAUUGGAGGAGCUGUUUGUCUGGGCAGAAAACGACAUGUUCGACUGCCACGGGUUCUGCGAGCUGCUUGUCCGCCUUCCAACGGUGAAGUUUGCCAAAGUCAACGAGAGGUUCGUUGCUACGGGAGGCGUGCUAGUUAAUGUCCGGGUGUAUCCCCCACAGCUUCCAACAUUCCACUCGUUCUAGCUAUUUUUUUCUAAAAUGUACAGCCUUAGUAUCAGAUUGAUCUUGCUAC